AAAAAACGAACCAAAUCAAAUAUGGAAUCCGAAUCAUCGUCAAGCAGUAUCAAAGUAAAGGGCAUGCAAUUCGGAUACAGUGGCGAUAAUCCAAUUUUUGUUGAUUUUAAUCUCAAAAUAUCUCCUCGAUCUCGUUGCCUUCUUGUCGGCGCUAACGGAUCUGGGAAAACUACUUUGUUGAAGAUUUUGGCUGGAAAACAUAUGGUUGGUGGGAAAGACGUUGUGCGGGUGCUAGAUUUUUCAUCUUUUCAUGACACACACUUGGUUUGUAGUGGUGAUUUGUCCUACCUGGGUGGAUCUUGGACUAAAACUAUUGGUUCUGCUGGAGAAGUACCACUACAAGGAGACUUCUCUGCAGAACAUAUGAUUUUUGGAGUUGAAGGGAUUGAUCCAGUUAGAAGAGAGAAGUUGAUUGAGUUGCUGGACAUUGAUCUACAAUGGCGGAUGCAUAAAGUGUCUGAUGGGCAACGACGAAGAGUACAGAUCUGCUUGGGCCUCCUUCAUCCUUUCCAGGUUCUCUUGUUAGAUGAAGUAACAGUCGAUCUGGAUGUUGUUGCUAGGAUGGAUCUACUAGAGUUCUUUAAAGAAGAAUGUGAACAGAGAGGGUCUACAAUCGUAUAUGCAACCCACAUUUUUGACGGUCUAGAGUCAUGGGCAACAGAUCUGGCUUACAUACAAGACGGAGAGUUAAAGAGGUAUGAGAAGUUGGCAGAGCUUCCCGAAAUGAAGAAUUCCUCCAAUCUGCUAUCAGUGGUUGAGUCCUGGCUUCGUUCUGAGACAAAAAAUCCAAAAAAGAAACCUGUCAAUCCUUCACCCCUCAUCCCAAAGACCUCCCCUUUUGAUUCUUCCCCUUUCAGAUCAUCCAGGCACAUGGCUUUCUACCGAUGAUUUCUAUCCAGAUGAUCUAUACUCAAAUUUGAAGCUGCCAAUAUUUAUGUUUUCACAAACCAAAAAAAGCUUUUGUAUGUGAGUUAUCCAUUCUUGUUAAGUUGUUUUUUUUUUUGUCAUUAACGACAUUAGGAUACAAACGUAGGUCCUUGAAGGGUUGUUUUAUCUCCCAUUACCAGUCAUUGAUAUCCCAUUGUGUGUAGCCAUGUGUUUUUUUACCAGCUUACUAUGUAUUAUGCUAUUGCUUAUUUUGUGUCCGUCAACAUUAGCCUACCUAUAUGUUAUAAAUAUUUGAGAAAUAUAAUGUCGAUUGUUUAAUAAUUGUUGGUUAAUGAUGGUAGUCCAUUCAUGUGAAA